UAACAGCAGGAGAGAGAGGGCACUUAAGCAUUCGCUGACAUCCCAGGCUCAAGAAGUGAAUAUUCUGGUAGAGAGAGAAAGAGAGAGAGAGACAGGAAGCCCCAGACUCAGCGAGUGGCUCAUAGAAGCCCCUGUUGGCUGCUGCAGAGUCAGUGUCAAGGAAAGACUACAUCCUACAAGCCAACAUGAACCUCCAGCUGGCAAACAUCUUCCUGCCUUUGCUCUUCCUCCUUUGUCUGCAUCUGGGACAACCCAAAGCACCUGUGAAGUGCAAAAAAUUAUGCACCGAAUUUUCACAAAAAAGAAUACCCCAGAAGCUGUUGAAGACCUAUAGGAAGACAGAACCAUCAUGUCCUAAAGCCGCUAUCAUAUUUGUCACUCAGAAGAAUAAAGAGUUCUGUGCAGAUCCAGAGGCGAGCUGGGUGAAGGAAGCAGUCCGACAGCUAAACCAAGCAAGUGCCCCUCUGAAUCCUAGAGUGACCAGACAGCAAAUGUGAAAAAUCGGGACAGGGGUGGGGGGGGUAAUAGGAGCCUAUAUAAGAAAAAGACCCAAAAAUCGAGACUGUCCCUAUAAAAUUGGGAUACCUGGUCACCCUACUGAAUCCGCCACUUUCAAGCACCGUCACUUCUGCAGUUGUGGAAGAAGGGGCAGGCGUUUUUCACAGAUUCGUUGGCGAUGCUGUCUCUAAACCAACACAGCCCAGUGUUCCGGCCAAUCCCAUUCACGGGGCUGGCACACUAGGUUCACAAGCAGUACAUGUUUCUGUUGUGAGGACGGAGGAGCCCAACACAUCCAUAUUGACUGUGCAAGAGGCCAAGAGGUCUUCUACAAAAUCCCCCUCUGCUUUACAAGAGACUGUUACUCCAUCUACUAUCCACCCUGAGCCUGUUGCCAGUGACAGCGAAGUUUCCAUAGGACCUAUUUGUGACGGGUUGGAUCACAGAAACCCCCUUGGGAGUGCCAACAGAGACACCCUCCUAUUUUCCCAGCAGUCCAUGUGACCUCACCCCCUCCACCCCCCGCCCCCCGGCUUUUAGCAUAAGAUUCCUUCUUGC